AUGGGUUUAUUCGGAAAGGAUAGAGGUGAACGGAUAGCUGAGUUUCCGUGUUACCUGCUAGAGACCGGAACGCAUCUGGUGCCGUUGCCAGGGAUUCUAUACAACCUUGUGAUCGAGCGGACAUAUGGCGAGCGGAUACUAGGGCAGUUCCGUGGGAUAGGUGAGGCUGUAGACGGGGCGCUGACGGGCGCUGGGGAGGCCGCAGAGGUACCGGGGCGGGUGGCGGAGGUGAUGAAGGCGUUCCAGGAGCGGUACGACUCCGGGGACAAGACGCAGGCCGUGUACAUUUGCCUCGUGACGGAAGCAGCGGCGGGGCGGCACAUUGGGUGCAUCGCGCGGCUGACCGGAGCGCGCGCGGAGGGCGGCGAACUGUCUGUGUUGCUGAGGGGGCUUGUCCGGGCGGUGGUGGGGCAGCCGGUGCCCAGCCGGCGCAAUGAGAUGUGGAAUGGCAGCGUGACGGUGCUGGACGACGCGCAGCGCGUGGCGACGUGGGGCGCUCGCCAGCUGGACUUUGCACGCCAGGGAGUGUUCGGCGCUUUCGAGGAGCUGGAUGCGGGCAUCGGGACGUUCACCGCCCGUUUCAAGAGCUCGCAGAAGCGGGGAGCGGACGGGGCCGCGCAUCUGCUCACGCUUUCACCACUGGCCAACACGCUGUUCUUCCAUUUCAGUCGCUCGAGCUUCGAGCGGUCCUGGAAGAUAUUGCGGACGAUGAUGCACGGCUUUCGCGAUGCCAAGAAGGAUAUACGGACUGCUAUGGACAUGCUGUCGGUCGCAGACCUAACCGUGGGGCUGCUGCCCACUACCACGGCUCAGCGGCUGGAGUUUCUCCAGGCUGAAGACCCUGCCGCGCGGAUCAAGACGUUUGUGCGGCACAUGCAGCAGCUGCUGGAGGUCUUUGGCUCUCUGUACCGAGCUACUGAAUAUGUUCACGACCGCUUCGAAACACAUGGGCCAAUAGCCAAGUCGCAACUAAUUGCGAAUCAGCUGCGGUCGCUGCGGUUCUAUAUCGACGACAUAAAGCGCAACAAACCUGAAUCUGGACCAGGAGGGCGCUCGAGGCGUCUUCUUCCGCGUCCCGCUAGUGGGAACAGCGCAGCGGCAGGAGAGGAAGAUGACUCUGAGGAUUCUGAACUGGUGGCCAUCAAGCGGUAUGUGGAUGAAAUAGAAGUGAAAGGGGUACACGCCGACGGCGUGAAGAUGCUCAAGAAAGACUACCGAAGUCUGUCCAAGAUGCAUGUGCAGAGCACCGAGUACCAGAUGCUUCGCAACUACUUUGACUUCAUCAUGGGCAUUCCGUUUGGCAUCUACGUGAGUACGCCCGAGAUAGAUCUUGUCGCCUCAUCGCGGAAGCUGGAUAACGACCAUUACGGCCUUGUGCAGGUCAAGAAGAGGCUACUCGAGUACCUCUGCGUGCUUAAACUGAGCGCCAAUUCUCCCGGCGUGACUGCUGACGCUGGCGCCAUUGAAGACGGCAGCGCAACCAAGCGCGCGGUGGUCUACGAGAACAAAGCACAAGAACAGCGGAAGACCAAAGUGCCAUUCCUACUGCUCGUUGGCCCACCUGGGGUAGGAAAGACAUCGGUGGCAAAGAGCGUUGCUGAUGUCCUGGGUAGGCGGUUCCAGAGAAUUUCCCUCGGUGGAAUACAUAACGAGGCAGAGAUCCGCGGUCACCGGAGAACCUACGUCGGUGCCAUGGCAGGCAUGAUCGUGAAUGCACUCUGCAAGGCAGGCUGUAUGAACCCGCUUAUCUUAUUGGACGAGAUUGAUAAAGUAUUGAGCGUUCCGGCAGGCGCAGGCGCUAGCAGGCUCAACGGCGAUCCUGGCGCAGCCUUGCUUGAGGUGCUCGAUCCGGAACAGAACCAUACCUUUACGGAUCACUACGUCGGUUUCCCCGUUGAUCUGUCACAGGUACUCUUCUUUUGUACAGCGAACGACCUUUCUGGGAUGUCCGAGCCUCUGGUGGACCGUAUGGAGGUCAUCCAUAUCGAGGGUUAUACCUAUGAGGAGAAGAUUGCGAUUGGUAGGCACUUCUUACUGCCCAAACAGAUCAGGCUGAACAGCUUUGAUAUGACCGGUAUUAAUCUCUCACUUACCGAUGACGCAUGGCGCACUGUCGUCGUGGAUUACACACGCGAAGCUGGCGUCCGCAACUUGGACCGCCAGCUCGGUGCAAUUGUGCGUGGCAAGAUUGUGGAGUAUGUUGAAAACAACAUGUCCGGCUCCGGGGACGAUGUCGUCACACAAAAGAAUUUGCCCAAAUUCCUCGGGCUGCCGCCACACUCGCUCAGAGAGGAGGUUACACAAACGACUAGCUUUGCAGAGAAGUAUGGGGUCGUCCACGGCUUAUCCUACAACUCCGAUGGCACUGGAGGAGUGCUCGUAUUCGAGGUGAUCCGGAGCGGCGACUCCCGAGACAAGCGCCUCACUGUGCAGACAACGGGCAACCUCGGCACGGUGUUGUCGGAGUCGGUGUCCAUCGCCACUAGUCUAGUAAAGUCCCUCCUUGCGCGCCAUGUCGUCCACAGCAGCGCAGACGACACCAGUGUCGCAGAAUUCUUCCGCAGCGAAUGCCACCUCCACGUCCCCUUUGGCGCGGUGCCCAAAGACGGCCCCUCCGCAGGUGCCGCCAUCUCGCUCGCACUGCUCUCGCUCGCACUUAAGCGCCCGGUCGACCCCGCGCUCUGCGUCACCGGCGAAAUCACGCUGCGCGGCAAGAUUCUGCCGGUGGGCGGCGUGAAAGAGAAGCUACUAGCCGCCCAGCUGCAGGGCAUGGGCCUCGCCCUCGUCCCCCGUGGCAACCGGAACGACCUCGUCGAGCUCGCAGAGGACAACGCCGAGACCCAGCAGCGCCUGCUCGCAGACCCCGCGCUGCCCGAGCUCGCGACCCUCCAGCACAAACUCGGCAUGGCCGUCCACUACUGCUCGGACUUCCGCGACCUGGUUUUGCACGCCUGGCCGACCGCUGACAACCUUUGGCAUGCGUGCGAAGACUCCUCUGUCCGUCCCCAACUGUGA